CAGGUCCUUCCCCGGACCGUCAACAAUCUACUCGUCAUCCCCCACAGAGAAACAUGGCGCUGAGCGAAAAGGCAAAGGGAAAGCUGCGCGCACAGGAGGGCGAUGAAACGUGGGCGGAACGAGACGGGGGCUGCGACCUCACCGUGCGGUUCACCGAGGGCCUGCCUGACCUCGUCAUCCACCUCGCGCCUGCCCAUACUGUGCGCGAUGUCAAGACCCACAUCGUGGAAGCCCGCCCUGAGCUCGCAGACCGCCGCUUGCGGCUCAUCCACGCCGGCCGGCUCCUUACGGACGGCACGAUCCUCUACGCGUGGCUGCGCUCCCUCGAGGAGCGCCAGAUGCGCGCGACGCGCCCUGGAUCGCCUGUGCCUCCUCGUGGUGGCGGCGGUGGUAGAGAGUCCACCGAUAAGCCCUCAUCCAAUACGCCGGCUGCGGCCGACCGCACUAGCGUGCCUGCGCCGUCGAACGCGUGGCUGCAUUGUUCGGUGGGGCCCAAGAUCGAGAAGGAGGCGAAGGUGGUGAAGAAGGCUGGGAAGAUGGACGCACCAAGAGGAGGGGGCGCGGAGGGCAGGGAAGCGGAUGGGGCAGAAGGAGAAGAAGAGACGGAGACGCAGCAGCCGCAGCUGCAGCCGCUCCGCGGGUUCGACCAGCUCGUCGACGCGGGCUUCUCGCGGGAGGAUAUCGCGGGCAUGCGGCGGCAGUUUCACGCAUCGAGCCCGUUUGGCACGAUGGGCGACGCCGAGGGCGAGUACGAGCCCGAUGAAGAGCUCGACGAACACGCGCGGGCACUCGAGGAACAGUGGAUCGACUCGCUCGACAACGGGCUCGGCGACACCCCGCCGCCCAUGUCGGGCACGGCGUCCGCGCAGACGACGGUGAUAUAUGGUAUUUUGCAUGGGUUCUUUUACCCUUUUUCGCAGCUGCUCUUUACCGGGACCGCGAAGCCGCCUGUGUUCUGGGAAGACGGGAGCGUGCACGAGGAGCCGGAGAGUGUCGUGUUUGGGCAGGUGAUGUCGACUGGAAUUAUGCUUGGUUUUGUGCUGAAUGUUCUGUUUGGAACGUGGAGGUAUCUCCUGGACACAUCAUAGCGAUUCGAUGAGGAACGUUCCGUAAUACGAUACCUGGACGUUCUCAGCAAGGAUUUCCUCUCUCUGUGGUUCCACAAGCCACAUCCUUACAUACAUUGUACAUACUCGCAUUCAUAGUACGCGUAAUACAGCCUCCACUGAU